AUGGCCACCGCCACCGGAGAUCUUGAUUCCGGCACGUCUGUCACCAACGACGCAGUAUCCCCAGAUGCCACACUGGGGCGCCACCUUGCACGCCGCCUGGUCCAAAUAGGGGUCAGCGAUGUAUUCACCGUCCCCGGUGACUUCAACCUGACCCUUCUUGACCAUCUCAUUGCUGAGCCAGGGCUCACCAACAUUGGCUGUUGCAAUGAGCUCAAUGCUGGGUAUGCAGCCGAUGGGUAUGCGAGGAGCCGUGGUGUUGGUGCUUGUGUUGUCACAUUCACCGUUGGAGGGCUAAGCGUUUUGAACGCCAUUGCUGGUGCUUAUAGUGAGAAUCUUCCUGUGAUUUGUAUUGUUGGUGGCCCAAAUACCAACGAUUUUGGAACUAAUAGGAUUCUUCAUCAUACUAUUGGAUUGUUUGAUUUCAGCCAAGAACUCCGAUGCUUUCAGACCUUGACAUGUUUUCAGGCUGUGAUUAACAACAUGGAAGAAGCUCAUGCUCAAAUUGACAAAGCCAUUUCUACGGCCCUAGCUGAAAGCAAGCCUGUCUACAUCAGUAUCAGCUGCAACUUACCCGGCAUCCCUCACCCAACUUUCAUGAGAGACCCCAUUCCAUUUUCUAUAUCUCCCAGGUUAAGCAACAAGAUGGGGCUCGAAGCCGCGGUCGAGGCCACGGCAGCCUUCCUCAACAAGGCAGUAAAGCCAGUGAUGGUCGGUGGACCGAAGCUCCGAGUGGCGAAGGCCACCGACGCGUUAGUAGAGCUCGCCGAUGCCUCUGGCUAUGCACUUGCUGUAAUGCCAUCAGCGAAAGGCCUGGUGCCGGAGCACCACCCUCACUUCAUCGGAACUUACUGGGGAGCUGUCAGCACAGCCUUCUGCGGGGAGAUCGUCGAAUCAGCUGACGCAUAUCUCUUCGCCGGCCCUAUUUUCAACGACUACAGCUCCGUCGGUUACUCCCUUCUUUUGAAAAAGGAGAAAGCCAUCAUUGUCGAGCCCGACCGUGUCAAGAUCACUAACGGCCCGACAUUCGGGUGUGUUUUAAUGAAGGAUUUUCUUAAAGAACUUGCAAAGAAAGUGAAGAAGAACACAACAGCGUACGAGAAUUACCGCCGGAUCUUUGUCACUGACGGCCAGCCGCCAAAAUGCAAACCUAAUGAGCCUCUUAGAGUCAAUAUUAUGUUCCAACAUAUUCAAAAGAUGCUGUCGGCCGACACGGCGGUGAUCGCCGAGACCGGAGACUCAUGGUUCAACUGCCAGAAACUCAAGCUCCCAAAUGGUUGUGGGUAUGAAUUUCAAAUGCAAUAUGGUUCGAUCGGAUGGUCGGUUGGCGCGACAUUGGGAUACGCUCAAUCCGUGCCGAGUAAGCGCGUAAUUGCAUGCAUUGGGGAUGGAAGCUUUCAGGUAACAGCACAGGAUGUAUCAACUAUGAUUAGGUGCGAGCAAAAAACUAUAAUCUUCUUAAUCAAUAACGGAGGUUACACAAUUGAAGUCGAGAUCCACGACGGACCGUACAACGUAAUCAAGAAUUGGAACUACACGGCCCUCGUAGACGCAAUCCACAACGGUGAAGGGAAAUGUUGGACGACAAAGGUGCGUACUGAGGAGGAGCUGAUUGAGGCGAUCAAGAAGGCGACAGGAGACAAGAGUGAUUCAUUGUGUUUUAUUGAAGUGAUUGUUCAUAAAGAUGAUACGAGCAAGGAGCUGCUUGAGUGGGGCUCAAGGGUUUGUUCUGCCAAUAGUCGCCCUCCAAAUCCUCAAUAGACAGAGCUAUAGCUAAUGAUCAAGCUCUAAUGAAAUAAGGGUUUAGAACAUAAGUCAAAUUUUUGAAUGAGUUUUUGUACUAUUCCUAAUGAUGAACUA